AAAAAAAGUCUCAACCCGACGAUGGACUUGAGCGCUGGCAAGAAGGCUUUGCUGAAAGAGAAUUAAAUCCAGUCUACAGGAUCAUUCAAAAUAUACUUUAAGAGAACGAAACAUACGUAUACCGUGUACCGAAGUCGGCUGCUGACAACAGUAUUCCUAUGUUUUGAUUCCCCAAUAGUUCGUUGUAAUAAGGGCCUCGUUCAGCUCGAUCCUGGUCUUUGAUUACCAAGGAAUGAGCAGGACAAGUAUCGGCACUCUCUUUUCAUUGACCCUCCAAGGAAGACGUUUAUCCAUGGAAUCCCUUUAGUUCUCCUUCCCCAGUUAUACAGCAGGCCCUUUGCUCCUCUGGAAAGAUCUUCUUCACCACGUAUCCACUUAUCCUCCUCUCCCGGGCAGAUAACAGAUAGGACAGAACCCCUGUGACGUCCUCAUUUCCUAUCGAUUGAUCUCUAUCCUCAUUCGACCAGUUUUCCUUUACAUAUAAUCGAUCAAAAAAGUAGCACCAGGUCCCUGGGGGUGAGCGAGCGAUUUUCCACGAGGUCCCUGAAGAUGAGAUGGGGGCGUGCUAAGGUUUUUCUUGCUGAUGCUAAUCCGGCUCAGAUUCUGAUGAAAGAAUGGAUGGAUGAAGCGCACAGGGUUGCACCGGCUGUUAUUCGUGACAGCCAGGGUGCUAAGAGAGUUCAGCACGUCUCCCAGGUUCAAAAAUGUAGAGAGAGAGUGGACCGACCAACUGGUUGAAGAGGCAGAGUGAUAUAAAGAGAAUGUUGGAGCAACGGAGAGACAAUAAGGCAGCAAAGUAGAAGGCGAGAGCGAGGGAGAGUCGAGGGAGAGAAUAUCGGAGAGAAUGAGUGAGUUGUGGAGGGAGCCUUGGAGUUAGAGGCAGGAGUUUGCGCGGACAGAUCAAUACGCCAACCCCCUGCACGUGGAUCUCUCGCCCCUAGAGGUGGUCCAGAAGCGAACUGGAUGCUGAUUCCAGAAUUCAGUUGUACGCCUGCCGCCUUUCGCAUCUCUGGCACGCGAAUUCUCGGCCACGGCCACCCACGUUAUUCCGAGAUCUCCUCUCGCUUUUCUCAUCCUUGAAAAAAUACCUCCUGCUUCUACUUUGUCCAUCCGAUAGAAGCGAACAAUAUUGUUCAUCUCGAGGACGGUAUGUGCAUCGCUGAGGUUACGUGAAUUCCGGUUGUACUCAACAUCCGAGAGCAGAUUGUUACCUGGACGAUUAACUUUGAAGCGUCUAUGCAAUAUCUGUUAUCCAUAUGAAAUUCAUAGAGGGUAACGAGAAGAAUGGGGGUGUACGUGGCAGGGGUUGCCGGUGUAGUAGUCUUUUACGCCGCCGUGCUUGGUGUAGGCGUCUGGGCUGCCGCCGUCAAGAGAAGAAAGAUCAGACAGGGCCAGGAUGAUAUGCUUUUGGCGAAUCGCGGUAUUGGCCUCUUCCUCGGGGUCUUCACUCUGGUCGCUACAUGGGUCGGCGGUGCUUUUAUUAAUGGAACUGCAGAAGCAAUGUAUACCAAAGGUUUGGCUUGGUGUCAAGUCCCCAUUGGCUACAGUCUUAGUCUAUUUUUCGGGGCUAUACUUUUCGUGAAACCAAUGAGAAAAGCUGAAUACGUCACUAUGCUGGAUCCUUUUCAACAACGUUAUGGCGCUCGGGUUGGUGGUUUGCUGUUUCUACCAGCACUUUUCGGCGAUCUCUUCUGGUGCGGUGCUGUUCUCAGUGCACUGGGAAGUUCACUCUCGGUGGUGGCUGAGAUAGAUCCUCAUAUAAGUGUAUGCGUUUCGGCAUUUCUGGCGGCCAUUUAUACAAUUUUUGGUGGGCUGUACUCUGUGGCGUGUACCGAUGCCUUGCAGCUGGGAUGCAUCGCCCUAGGACUAGCAGUUGCGACACCUUUCGCAGUGCUGCACCCUGCCGUGUCCCUUGAGAACAAUAUAUCGCGGAAGGAUUGGCUUGGCGAAAUUCAAAAUGAGGAUCUUGGCGAAUGGAUUGAUGGGAUGCUUUUGUUAAUAUUUGGUGGUAUACCUUGGCAGGGAUAUUUCCAACGGAUUCUUAGCAUAAAGGGAGCUAAUAUUGCUAGGACACUUUCUAUUGUCUCUAUGUUUGGUUGCAUUGCACUAGCACUACCUUCUGCAUUGCUUGGGACUGUUGCUAAAGCUACGGAUUGGACUUUGGUUGAGGGAUACAAUCGCACUUAUCCUCCUGAAGACGGGUACAUUGUUCUACCUGCGGUACUGCGGUAUUUGACACCUCAAUGGGUAUCCUUCGUAGGUUUGGGAGCCAUUUCUGCUGCUGUUAUGUCAUCGGCAGACUCUAGUAUUUUAGCUAGCAGUUCCAUGUUCGCCAGGAAUAUUUAUAGACUGACUAUCAGACCAAAGGCAUCGGAAAGAGAACUUAAUUGGAUUUUGAAAAUUUCUGUUCUGAUUGUCUCCUUCCUCUCGGCUGCAGUCGCCCUGACUGUAAACAGUGUUUAUUGUUUAUCAUAUCUAUGCUCGGAUCUGGUCUAUGUGGUUUUAUUCCCUCAGCUGCUCUCUGUAGUUCACUGGCCAUCAUUGGUGGAUACCUAUGGAUGUCUAGCAGCAUACGUCGUUGCCAUUGCCCUACGAAUUUCCGGCGGUGAAAAGGGUCUUGGACUUCCUCCACUGAUAGAGUACCCAUUCUACGAUAUGCAUACUCAAACGCAAAAGUUUCCAUUCCGCACGGUGGCAAUGCUGACUGGUCUAGUAGUUCAACUCGUGGUUAGUUUUUUCACAAGAAAUCUUCUCGGCAAAGGAUAUUUCCCAAGAUGUUGCGAUAUCCUUGGCGUUUACUCGCCCAGAAAGUCAAAGGACCCAGCAGGAGUGGUCCAAAGUAGUUCAGGAGCAGCCCUGAUAGAUUCAGUCGGCAACGGACCAACCAGCGGUGGAACGUCAGCUACCACUCCUGAAGAUAACCGACCUGAUUAUAACGAUGUGGUCGAGGAAAUCGAGCAUUACGAGACAGUGAGUGAACUUUAUGAAACGACCAAGGCAAACAAUACUGAAAUGGUAGUUCAAACAGCAAACCAGAGUCUAAUGAAUUUGCAAAAUUUACAAAGUAUCGUACAAUCGUCUGGUACAUGUCGACCAACAGUGCCACAUCCACCUAAUAAUAUAGGAGCUCAAAUUCUGGGCGUGAAAAAUUUAACAGCAUCCUUGGGACCAUCCGUACUACCGAAUAGUCAUGGGAAUCCUGUCGGUACUGGUACCCUUAAAUUCAAAAAUUCGUCCUGCACGACAAACGGCGUCUCGUAUUCGAAAUUAUCGAAUAUCGAAAAAGCGCGUGAGAACGAGAAAGUCAUCGACAAGAGUAUGAUGGAAUUGAACUUGAAUUCUCAGGAACCGAGUAUCAUGAAAAAAAAUAUCAAGGGUGUCAAGUUAGUUGGAAUGGAAGGUGGAACCUUGCGAAGACCUUCUCUACAGGGCACUUUCUCACCUACGCCGUCGGUUGAAUUGGUAAACAUUUUGGACAGAAGACAAAGUAGUAGCUCGUAUGGGCCUAGUUCAUUAUCCCCUGUACCAGGAGUCGAAGCAUGUAAAACUCAUGGAACCGCUAUUGGAGGUCAGGGUGGUAACGAGCAUUGCAGGAUUAAAAGAGGAAUUGUCAGGCAUCAUAGCUUCAAUGAUACUGGUGAUCGGGCUCUAACUACCCUUGCUAGGCAACCAACUUAUCCGUCAAUGCCACUACGCUCAGAAGACUGUCGCUUGACUCUGGUGAAAAGAGAAAAGAAACCAUCUGGUAUCGUACGCCAUUCUUCAGUUGCAGACGAAAAGGGACUUGGUGGCUGUGGGAUUGUAAUCAGUCCUACUUACAGUAUGUACGGUUCGACAAUUAAGAAUUGCAAUUAUUUUGUAGCAGACGACGAAGCAGUGAGCAGAUUUUAAGCAAAAGCAUCGACGCACGUCCUGUAGGGACUAUAGCCACUGGCUGAGUUUAACUUGUAAUAUCUUUUUACUUGUUCUAAACAAUUACUUUUCACGCGGCAAUUUAUACUUAAGAAAUUUAUUCGAUGUAUAUAACUGAUCUUAGGUAGGAAGUGUAUGGUAAGUCAAGUAUGAAUAGCGCCAGGCCCGAUUGCUGUCAAAACAAUGGAAGAAAAGAUUAAUAAAAGGAGAGAGUUUUGCUAAAAAGUAAAAAAAAAAAGAAAGAAAAACAUGAAACGCGCUAUCGAGCUUCCUCGAAGCAGACUGUACGGGUAGCUCGAUGAGAAUAUCCACUGUAAAACGUACGGCGCUUAGAACGAUAGAGGAAUUAUGUCCAAAUAUGUACGUGCAAAUUUAUGAUAAUCUAACAAAUACGAUAUUUUUGCACCGAUAGCCCGUUAGCGAUAAGAUUAUAGCUUACCGUCGGAUAAUAAAAAUAAUGGGGAAAAAAGGAUCUCUCAAAAUAGCAACAACCGUAAUACUCAUAAUACUUUGUAGACACAUAGUUCGCGUCUCCGUGCUCAAAUUUAAUAAGAAGUAGAACAGUCAAAUAUACAUUAAUAAAUAUAACGUGAGAUAAUAGUUAGGGGAUAAGAAACGAAAGUAAAGAUAAAGAAAUACAUAGUUUCCAUACUUGCCACUCUUCUACAAAGAGACUGAAAAUUAAAUCUGUAUCGUACCAUGAUAAGCAUUAAAAUGUCGUUCCUAAAUUCUUUUUUACCGUCAUCUAGUAUUUAGUCCAAUUCCAAAUGGAAUGUACCUAUACCUAUCUAUUGUAUUAUAAAGAGGAAAGGGCCUAUAGAUUCAUUUUUCAUUUCCAAAAGUCAAGUCGAACCAGAAUUAAAAGAGGAGUACCUAUUCCGUAAAGUCCAUUGAAAAGACCUAUAAUGAAUUUUUCUAAGGAGAUUAUUUCCUUGACGUCCACGUCUCUCUACCUCCUUCGUACAUUGUCCAGCUCAAUUAUUAGGCAGCAACGUUCUAUACUUUUGUGAAAACACUGUAUGUACGUACAUCUAUGACCUGUGUCAGUAUUAUUAAACUUAAGUCUAGUCAUAGAAACAUAAGGAUAGAAAGAAUCUAUAAAAGAUUUUGCAUGAGAGUAACGAGCGGUCCAAUCAGGACAGGAUAAAAUGUCGCUCCUUUUUAUUUAGAUUGAAAUGUACAGUGCAGUCGUAUAUAGAUUAUAUAAAAGUACACGGCUAUCUUAUCGGCGGUAAUUGUAUCAUUUAGAUAGAUUCUACAUACAUCUAUUAGGUUGUAAUCGUCAAAGAUUACUCUUAAGUUUCAAUUCAGACACAAUCGUGAUUGUGUAUUGUGAAUUAUGUGCCAAAAUGUAGGAUUAACAUAUAUAUAUAUAUAUAUAUACACACGAACAUAACUAUAACGUAUACAUAUAGAUAUUUACAAUAAGAUAGGAUUAACGUAACUUGUAUUUAUCAAUGUUCUGGAAAUAUUUUAAAAUUUAAUCAUGUCACAAGUUUUCGAUUCGUUUUUGCUUAUCGUUUUGAAUCUUAUACUAAUUGAUUAAGCUUAUUUAUUAGCCAUUAAUAAGAAUCGUUAAAUAAACGUUUUCAUUUUUAAAUAAACACUAGUAUUAUAACCUUAGGACAUUCUAGAAAUAUUGUUGACCCUAGGUCAGGGCCAUCGCGUCAAUUUGUUCGAAUAGAAUAAUUCGGAUUUAUCCAUAAAUCAUGAGAAUUCAUACUCAUUACCACUGUCAUACACAUUCUAUAAUAGCUUGGACGAUCAAUGGUAACAAUGCAAAUUAUUAUCUAGGUAAGAAGCUCAUUGUAACUAUGAGAUAUCAGCAAUGAUUUUAAAUCGCUGACAGACUCUAGGGUCUGCAGGAAAUGAUUGUAUCGAUACUUUGUAAUAAUAAACUUUGACUUGACCGUAA